GACGGUGCGGCCUCCGCACGCUCUCUGCUCGUAUCUCCUCGGCUCGAAGGCCCUGGCGCCGAAGGCGCGAAUUGCGGCGCGUGGUGCGCCGGUGGGUCUGGCCCCGAGGGCCGAUGUCUCAUAGGCGGUUCUUCCGCCGGCUCCUUCCCCUUCCUACGUUGGAACGGGGGUGAUUCUUGCUUGUGCACAGGCGGCACGUGCGGAGGUGUUCUGUGCACAGGUGACCUGUGCACAGGCGGACUGCUCCUUCCCACGCGUAAGCGUAGAUCCACGUCCACUUGUGUUCGCCGGUCCGCGGAGGCUCGUCCGUCCGCGGAGGUUCGCCUGUGCGCAAACGGAACAUCUGUCCGCAUCGCACGAGGUAACUCCGGAGGCCCUUGGCCCGUAGGCGGCCUCUCUCCCGACGAGGUUGCAGCGUGGCCCGCUGCUCCUGCGGUCGUCCGCGCUUCCUCUCGCCUCUCUGGCGACGCACUUCCUAUCUCCGUCGCAAUCGUCGCCGUGUCUGCACUGUCAGCUGGCAACACCAGUCUGCGUGCCUUCUGCUUCGGCCGGCUGUAUGGCUCGCACAGCGGCCGCGGUCGAAUGGGAGCAGAGAGUUCUUGAUGCUGCUCCUCUUCGGCCUCUUCCCUCCAUCGCCGCUUCCGCGGCACUCGCGCCGCAGGGGUGUGU